CUUUCGAUUUCUAUAUCAAUUGGACUGAGUUUCUGAGUUAUAAUUUCGAAGUGUUCACAAAGUUCGUUUGCAAUUAUAACUUAUUGUCUACAGCAACGACUUAUUUAAUACGCUAAAAUGCCACAUUUCUUCUCGAACAAAUGAAAAAAGCAAACGCGUAGUGAAAGAUAUAGGAAUUAUGAGACCAAAAGCGACACUAAAACUCUUUUCAGAGCUAACGCUUUAUGACCGGCGAGGAAAGGGCAAGGUCACCAGCAGAGAAUUCGGCCAGUACAUCGAUACCACAAUCGAAAAACUCCACAUGCGUCUUGACCCUGAAAGGCACUUCUUCUAUACAACCUCGAAAAAGAAUGUGUACAAACUCAUUGGUCAAUAUAACGUCGAUGGCAAAGGUGAAGAUGAACCAAACAUCAAGAGCUCUUCCGAUAUUCGUGACCACGAGUUUGACAACCCGAGGAGACUGCGUGUGAAACCGAAGGCAAAAGAGGCCAAAAUGGACUCGAGUCGAAAUGCCGUUGCCAGGGGAACUUUAGGUGUACGGUGGGACUGUGCGAGGAGAAACGAAAGCAAGUUAUUGCCUACGUACAGACUUGGACUAGACAUGAAAGAAAUUUGAUAAGAAACCGCCUUUCUGAAGAAUUCCGUGUUUUAGUAGCUUGACUUGAGCGAGAUAUAUAUAAUUAUUCAUGUG